UUCCCGCGGUCACUAAAACAUUUACUUCCUGUUUUGAAGUCGCAAGAUCGGUGCAUCGGGCAUCGAAACACUCGGGAAAAUGUCGUCUUUAAAUAUAAUCUCGUGGACCCCAGAGGAUAUUGCAAACUGGAUCAAAGGACUAGAUAGUUCCUUGGAGCAGUACAUUCCAAACUUCCUCGCCCACUCAGUAACCGGCGACCGUCUCCUGAAGAUGACGAUACAGGAACUUGAAGACAUGAAGAUUACUAAGAUGGGUCAUCAAGAACUCAUGUUGGAGGCCAUUGAUCUCCUCUUGAUGGUGCAUUAUGCACACCCGACGGAGACCUUACAGACAGUGGCCCUGAAUCUGAACACCAAGGCCAGUAACCUGGCUAGCCUGUUGAAGCAGAGAUUGCAGUCAGGGAACCAUCCCCAAGACCGACUGUACAGCGCGCCUUCUACCAUCCUACUCAAAGUAUCCGAGACGAUAUCCGCUGCCAAGACACUGAUCUCAUGGCUUGACAGACCGCCAUUUUCCACUGGGCCAGAGAAAGAUUUUCAGGAGUUCAGUAAAGACAUCUUGCACUAUGCACUUGAGAUGACCCAAGCCGUGCAACUACAUCACAACUUGGCUGAAGCACUGCCGGAAAUCAGAGCCAUCGCAAAAGAGUUUGCAGCGAUUGCGGACAAUCUGAUCAAGCAAUCAACAGAUCCCCUCGUGAUUCAACCCACAACGGUCGAGGAGGUGAGAAUCAAGAAGAGCAGACCAGAGGAGGAACUGGGUCUCUUUAUCAAAACAUCAACCAUUGACGGAAUCCAUUAUAUAACUGGCACCAAAGAUCAGUCUGCGGCAAGCUUAAGCAGAAAAGUGGGCCCAGGAGAUGAGCUGCUAAGAGUGAAUGAACAAACAGUGGUCAGUUGGGAGCACAGUAAGGUGGUCACAGCCCUCAAGCAUGACCCCAUGGGCGUCUGUCUGACCCUCCGUAAACGCCCCUGUAACCUAGGCUCCCCAGGCCAGGUCAUCCGGCCGGGGAAUUCCCCAUAUACCAUACGGCAUGGAGGCACGCCCCAGCUCAUGCGCAAGGACAGUAAGGACAGUUUCCCUUCCAUGAGGUCGCCGAUUACGACGGGAGAAUUCCUGAUGCCGAUGUCGCCCCACGAUGUGCUGAUCACGAAACAGAGAAGUAACAGUGAUCCUGAGACCCAAAAAGAGGCCCACGAGACUCACUCCGACUCAGAGUCUCUGGUCCAAGAAGCGGAGAGAAUCAAACGUCAACGACGAGGCACGAUGGGCGAAGGCUUGCAGAGGAAAGGCAGUAAGGGUCAGACACCGGAGGGCCGGCCGAGAUCGCUGCCAAUCAACACAGAAGAACUGGUGGCAGAGGUGGCUAAGUGGACAGCCCCGUCUAUUUCUGCCCGGCCUGAUUUUUCUCCCAUCGCGGGCAGCCCGUCUAGCCCAGCCACCGCAAGCACCCAGACCUCCCCCUUACUCGGGGGCGAUAAAACCCCAAACCGGACCACAAAUCCUAAAGAUGCCCCACCCGUCCCCGCCAAACCCUCCCUCAAGAAAGUUUCAAUCUCCACAACGGACGGCUCAAGUCCAUCCAGGACAGAUGCCUUGGAUUCACCCUCGAUUCUUGUCAGACCGGAGUUUGAAAUUAGCAAACCGACCGAAGAUGAAAAUUCCCAAGACCCCGCUGUCCUAGAUGAAACCGAAAGAUCCUCAGAAGCCGAUCAAAAAAGUCCAAAAGAUCCUGAAAAAACGCCUGUAACUACCCCUGACACUGAGCCUGAAUCCACAGCCAAGAACACAAAUAACAACGUGGAUGCCUCCAUGGCAGGAAAUCAGCAAGAGGUCACGAAUGAAGUGUCAGGGGUCGCAACCUCGGACAUAGAUGAUUAUGUCUUGGUGGAAAACAAGAGUCCCCUGUCACCAUCUAAAUCGGUGAGUUUCUUUGAACGGUCUCAGUCCAAUGCAUCGGAAUUAUCUGUGACUUCUAGUGGUGUGAGACUCCGCCCCAAGAAAACCAAGCGGAAGUACAAGGUAUCCCGGGGCGUGUCCUGCGUGGACCUCGGCCCGGGGGAGUGCCAAGGAUGGCUUCACAAGAAGAACGAAACCAAGCAGACGUUCCGAUCCAACUGGGUGGAGAUGUGGUUCGUUCUCAAGGACUUUGUGCUGUACUACUAUAAAAACAAAACUGAUACAAAGGCCAAAGGAGUGCUCUGUCUGCCAGGCUAUCUCGUCUCAGAAGCUUCAGAGUCAAAGAGGGAAAAUGCUUUCAAGGCUUCCCACAAGGGCACCAAGCCGAUCUACUUCGCUGCCCAUCGGCGUCAGGACAUGGAGAAAUGGAUUCGGAAGCUAGGCCUGGCUGCCAUCAUGUAUGCGGAUGAGAAGAGGAUGAGACAGUCUGUGAUCUUUGAAUCAGAACCGUCGUUAAACGUCAGCGCUAUGAUGCAAAGUGUAGAUGGUUACCAUAGCGAAAGUGACGAUGAAGACAAAAGCGACAAAUCCAGUCCCGUCUCCCCAACCUCCAGCGACAAAUCAGACGAAAGCUCCAGCGGUUCACCGCAACACAAACACAAGUACAGACGAACGCAGACUGCUCCCGAUCUGCUCAGCGGUGGGUCAGGUAGCCCAACUCCUAUACCCAAAUCCUACUUGAAAAACAAGAAAGAGUCUGGCAUCGCCAGUCCGAACUCGCCGAAGGGCAGCCCGAAAAUCAUGCAGCGCGUGCUGCAGACGAUCCGUCGACACAGCCGCGGGAAUCUGAAUAUCCAACCGUCAGAGUUGGCUGGCUUGCAAGGGAAAUUCGCCACACGUCGGAAUUCAUCCCCAUUUGUGCUUAUUUCCCAUGUAGACCAGCCAUCAGAUGAAGCUUUCGGCCAAGUACAAACCGACGAAACCCCAACCUUUACCCACUCUUCCCCAACCUCCCCGGACGCCACCAAUGGCAGACCAAUAGAGGGCGCCACAGUGCACAACAACGACGACCUCCUCAACCAUUACAUGACCUUAGUGGAGGACACAGGUGGCGUCAGCGGCUUGGAGAGAACCAUGGAAGCAAGAACUAGCAAGAGAUUCAAGGCGAAAGGGCCAGGGCUGAAGCGAAUCCACACAGUACUUGAUAAGAACCCGGAGAAAAACAAGAAGGCGUUACAGAGACGCGCACUCCAGAGAACCUUAAAGGCCAAGGAAGAGGAACUUCAGCAACUAAAUUCUCUGCUAUCAGAGGCGUCCGUCUCCUCAACCAACCUUCAAGAGUGGAGGAAGUCCCACAAGGACCUCCUGGAUCACAUCCUGAAGGGGCCGAAACCAGACAGUCCCAGCGACUCGGACUCGGACAUGGACGAAGACAAAAACUUGGACAAAGUCGUGAAUGGAAAUCUGGAUGGAGAAUCAGCGGGUGCCAAUGAUGACGUUAGUGAAGAUGCAAACGGAAACAGAGACACAGUAUGUGCAACGCCAGACGGAACUCAAGUUGUUGCUGGUAGAGACUCGGAUGUUACAACUGAAGAUUGCCGCAGUGUCGAGAACUUGGAUAAGGAGAAGCCUAGCGCUUCAGCCAGCGGCCAGUUGGGAGAAUCAUCAGAGAUGGCGCCCUCUACAGCCGAGUCAGAGGUCAGUGGGAUGGCAAGGUCGUCGCAUGACGAAUUCAGGAAGAGCAUCGGGAGCCAGGGGUCCGAAACCAGCUUAUGAGAAGGUUUUGUUGGUUCGUUGAUAAAAGUCGAGAGAAAAAUGAAUUGCCCUGGAACCUUCUGGAGGCAAUUGCAGUGGGAUCGUAGUCUUUUUUUAUGGGUAACUUAGCGAAUUUAUUUGGUAAGCAAAAGACAGCUUGGAACCGGUCACAGGUUAAAUGUGAAGUGCACAGCUUUUUGUCUGGUAUCCUGUUUUUGCUAAGUACAGAUUUUCUGUGCUUAACAUCUCAUAAUUGACUCCAGCACGUGGUUUCAUGAAACUCAUCGUAACUUACGAUGCAUCACAGCAUUGUAUCCUUACGAUGCAUCGCAGCUGCAACACGUCCUGCGAUUCAUUUCACAAACAACGUCGUAACUUUGAAGCUUGGUAGGUAUAUUUAUAGCACAACACGGUCACACACAUACAUGUAUGUUUGUGUGUAUUCUAGGCACAGUAAAUAGUCAUCUGAUAGUCGGCAAAGAGUCUUCUCCCAUCGAAAGUUUUUAAAACGUAAAACAAAAUAGCGGACGUAUGAUGCAGUUUUUCACGGAAAACAAACUCGCAGUGGACUGUCAGCUUCUUUGAAACCUCAACUGUAAUAUUCAAGGUUUUAUUCAUAUUGACUAUGAUGCAUAUAUUUCAUUUACAACUUCACACACACACAUUGUCUCGGUAUUAUAGAGUAGUUUAUUUGAUUUUUAUGGCAGAAACUGGCCAAGAAAAGACGCAUCUUAUUUUGCAUUGACCAAAAGACACAUCGUAACUUGCACUUGUUUUAAGUCGUUGUCAAGGAACUUGUGAUGUGUUAAAUGCGUCGUAAGUUUUGUGAAAUGGAUCAUACGACGUGUUGCAAGUUACGAUGUGUUACACAUUGCAACUUGAGCUGCAGUCGCAGCGACGCAUUGCCGCACUUUGUGAAAUCAGGUGCAGGUCUGAGGUCUCCAGUGUUGUUCUCCUUGAAUAUUAUCAUAAACAAUUCGACUUUCUACCAGAUGUGCCACAAAACAAAUUGCCGUGGCCCUUGUAGAAAAAAGUUCCAAGCUUGUUAAACUGAAAGUGCUACUGCCAGAUGUGUAUAUCUAUCCGAGAAAAAUUCUGUUACAACCAACCAAGAUUUGAAGUACGUAAGUAAAUAUACAUUAGUUGAAUUAAGGUUUAUUAAUUAAUUGUAAAAACUAGGCCUAAUGGUUCAAUAUUACUUACAUUAUGACAUUGUGUGAAGUGCAUAUUAUUUCUUUUGCUAUUUUGUUUGUUUGUAUGAGAGUCUACUGUGUAAUUAAAUUAAAAAUGUAUGAUAGACCACAGAGUAAACUUACAAGCAUUUACAGCAUUCAGACGAUAGCUGCCUGUAUUUUUGUAUUUUUUGUAUUUAACUUUUAAACAACUCAUUUACAGGUUUGUACAUACAUGUAAGUCAAAUAAAUUUGCCAAACAGUGGGCAAGGAUCGUGUUGAUGCACUUGA